GAACGGUUGUGUGCAGCAGUUGGGUUGACGAGCGUCUUGUUUGCUACGACCAAAAAAUAGUAUUUUUUUUUAACGAGUUUAUGAAUUCAAAACUUUUUUUUUCUUAUUCUUUUUUGUGUUGAAUAAAAAAAAUAUUUUUGUUGAUGACGAGCAACAUUAAUGUGUAUAGUAUAUGUGCAAAAGAAGAUUUUGACUCUGAUGAAAUUCUUACACACACACACACACAUAUAAACAUAUGUAUACAUUGUGCAUGCAUGUGUAUUAGCAAGCUGUGAAUCAAUCGGUAGCAAAAGUGCAAAAUCUACAAAAGACAGCAACAACAACGAGACAAAAAAGAAGAAGAAGAUAAACAACGAAUUUUUUCAACUCCAAACCCCAACAACACCCAGCACAGAGCACAGAGAGACGGACACACUUCAGAAAACAGAACAGUCAAAGGAAGAGAUAAGUCAACAUGAAGAAGCGGUUGCCCCCCUCCAGCAGUGUGAACAGCGCCAAAGCCACGAUCAUGUGGACAUGGGUUUUUCUCUGUCUGCACUUGGCUGGCGAUGCUGCUGCUGUUCACAUCAUCAACCGGGGCAGCAGAGAUGCGGGCGAGUGGGAGCCGCAGAGCAUAUGCAUACCCUGCCAUUGUCACGGCCUAACGGUCAUAUGCGACUAUGCGCAUAACAAAUCGCUGUCGCCCAUAUUGGACAGUAGGUACUCGGUGCCGGCAAAUAUCAACGCCAUGGAACUGACGCUGACGGAUCGAACGGAAUUUGAACUGCAUGGCGGCCUCUUUCAGCAGAAUCGCGUCAAUCGGUUUGUGGUCAAGGGACCGAAUGUACCCAAUGGCAAUGAUCAGGUGGAAUUGAUAGAUAACGCCUUUCGCGGCAAUCAGGCUGGCUAUCCGGAUCUGCAGAUACUCGGCGUAAGCUCUGUAUUUGUGCGCAACUAUUCGCUCUCAGGUGGUGAGAUCAAGCUACGUGUGGAGAACAGCGAUUUGUUGGUAUUGUUCUCGAAUGCCUUCAUCAAUAUGAACAUGUCGUGCAACUUUACGAACAUACGCAGCUUGGUGAUAAACGAGAAAUCCUUUAAUCCCAUUCUCAAGUCCUUCGUAAACCUACACAUCGAAAACGCGCACAUUGAGCACAUUAACAGAUUCGAUGUAUCGAUGAAUAAAAUCGUAUUCAUCAAUUGCACCAUUGGCAGCGUUCAGAGUCAGGCCUUCGAUGUAACCAACAUCAAACAGCUGGCCUUCGAGAACUGCCGCAUCGGGAAGAUCGAGGAGCGGGCCCUCACCAGCAAACUGUUCAGCGAGCACGUCUCCAUCACAGGCACCCAGAUCGGCACCAUCGACAGCAAAGCCAUCAUGGGCAGCGGCAUAUCCAAGCUGACGCUCAAGGAGAAUACCAUUGAUACGAUUAAGGAGGACGCGAUAUUGGUGCACAGCGUCUUUGUGUAUUUCGAAAGGAAUUGGAUUAAGUAUCUGGGCGAUAACUGGAUCCACGUGAACAAUGGCGAGCUGAUUGCGAUCGAGGACAAUCAUUUUGGCAACUUUGCGCCCAUGCAACUGAACCAGGAUCAUCGCAAGCGAACCAACUGCACGUUCGUCAACAAUUGGCUGGGCAACCCGCAGCCGAAUAGCCUCAACUUUAGCAAUUGUGAGGUGCGCGCCAUAACCGUGGAUCAUGAGUGCAGCUGCGACGAUGCCAAACAGUGGCUGCCCACACUGACCGAUCAUGAUCUCAGCUCGGAGCUCUAUUGCCAGCUGGGCAAGCGUUUGGGCAGAUGCUUCAAUGCCAGCCAGGUGCAUUUGCGGCGGUACGUGAACGAGGUGUGCGGCGUUAAUCAGACCACGUUGCGCUGUGUCGGCGGCAAUACCAUGAAAUGGUAUCGCGAUAAUUUCUAUACGGAACAGGAGCGAGAGCAACAGAUGAAGGGCAUCUCGUACUGGACGGUAAUCGCAGUUGUCUUUGGCGUUAUUCUGGUCUGCAGCGUGGUCGCGUUCUUUGCGUGCUAUUUGUUCUCCAAAUGCUGUGCGGGUCCGCGCGAAACAUGCAUUUUGUCGGAUACGGAUCGCAAUAUAUUGGAAAAGGAGCGAUUGUCAAUGAGAUCGGAUGAUAACGUUGCCAAAAAGCUAAUCAAGAAAUUAACCAGCAACAGGCUAACGCCCGAACAAUGCUCAGACGUUGUUAUGCAGCUGAUGCAGGAUUUGAAAACAUUAUCCGAUACAUCGAAUCGUGUGCUCGCCAAUCAUAUGGCAUCGGCGCACAGCAGAGAAGAUGACGACAAUUACACACUUGCCAAUCAUCAUCAUCAACAACAACAACAACAUCAUCAUCAUCAUCAUCAGCACUCACCGCUGCCGACAGCUCCGACGCACGAUGCAAACGAUCAGGAGCCCAUCUAUGCCGAGCCAUUGCUAUCCGCUCAAUAUUCAGUGCCACCGGAUCCAAUGCCGCCGGCAACGUCCUUCUAUUCGGAGCCCUACAAUUCAGAAGCCAAUGCGAGCGAUAUGCCACAAGAUCUGGAGGCUUUGCCGCAGUACGCCCAGCUGCAGCGCCAAGCCACAUCCCAGCGUGGCCAGCCCCACCGAAGUGUGAGCAAUGUCAGCAAUGCCAGCUAUGCCACGCCCGUUUGGCGUCAAACGGCCGAUGCCACGCCCAUACUUUUAACAACAACAUUCUCCGCCCAGCCGGCAACGCAACGCCAUGCACGCGACCAGCGUCCAGAUCUCGAGAUGUCACAAUUGCAUCCCAAUCAAGCCAGCUCCUCCUCGGGCAGCCAGUCUCGCUUUCCCAGCAACCAAAACACCAUGCGAAGUUUUCAGUACUUGGAUGGAGCCGCCAGUUUGGCCGCCAUGGAGGAUAUGGCUGCGAUGCCGCCAGAUUCUGGCUCAAAUCAUUCAGGGGGGAGCGAUGAGACUGUCAAAAUCGACGAAAUAGAAUACGUUGAUGCCUAAAAAACUAAUCAAUAUUAUAAUAUAACAAAAACACAUGUGAUAACUAAAAAAAAACAAUAUUUUCAUGAAAUGUGUAGCGCAUUAAAGGAGACAUCCCCGACCCCCAGAAACUAUAUACAUACAUAUAUUCCAAAUCAGCAUCAAUAGCCGAGUUGCUAUAGCCAUGUCUCUCAAUUUUAAGCUAGGUCCGGAUCGGACCACUAUUUAUUAUAAACCACUAUAUAAUACUGUUUUCCCCACAAUUUUCAUCAAACUCAGCAUUUAAGAGCUCCACCCCCCCCCCCUCUCCCUCUCAAAGAACUGCAAAAGGCAGCAUUCACAAUAAAAGACAACAAAUUAAAACAGAUUAAAACUUUUGUUGUAUAACAAAGUAUUUUCUCAUGCUCCGAACUUGAUUUCCCCCCCCCCCCCCCCGAAAAAAAAGUGUCACAAAAGUGGGCUAGUUUUUCCCAAUUAGAUAUAAUAUGCGUCUCCUUCAGCUGCUGCUCACACAUGUCGCGAUCUAUUCUAUUAUUGUUGUAAAUUAUUUAAAGAAAAAAAAAAAUCAAAUGUA